AUGAUGGAGCCUACAUCCUCCUACCUUUCUGGAUACUGUAUGUGCUUGAUUCUCUUGCAAAUGAUGACAUUAACUUCAGAGAAACUGAUGGUGACUGUUCCCAAGGGGCACUUGGUGGCUAGAAUAGGAGGACAGGCUGCUCUCAGCUGCCAGUUGUCCCCACAACAAAGCGCAGAGCACAUGGAGGUGCGCUGGUUCAGAGGUGACAAUUUCAGGCUUGUUCAUUUAUACAGAGGCGGUCAUGAAGUAAAUGGAGAAGUUGCCCCUGAAUAUGUAAAUCACACAGAGUUUGUGAAAGAGGCCAUGGGGGAGAGUAAAGUGACCCUCAAAAUUCAUAGUGUCAGCAUUUCUGAUAAUGGACCAUACAGGUGUUCAUUUAAAGGCACUGACUUCAGUGAUGCAGCUGGCAUGAACCUACAUGUGGCAGCACUUGGCUUGGAGACACAGAUUCAUGUCCAGGUUCCUGUUAGUGAUGGACUCGUGGUGGAGUGUAACUCAGGAGGGUGGUUUCCACAGCCCCAAAUGGAGUGGAGAAACAGCAGGGGAGAGGUUGUUCCAUAUUCAUCAAAAUCAUACUCCCAGGAUGGAGCCAGAUUGUUCCACAUGAAGAUGACUCUUCUCCUCAGAAACCUGUCAGAGAGCAUUAUGUGCUGUUUCAACCCUGUAAAAGGGGAAGAGAAAUUAACAAGUAUCAUCCUAGCAAGUGCCCUCUUUAAUAAGGACUACCUUAGAGUGAAUGUUUUAUUUUCAGUUCCAUGCAUAAUAUUACUUUUGAAGUCAAUGUACAUGUGCCUUUCCUAUUACUCCCAAAAAGGUAACUGA